AUGUCCCUCGAGGUGGCCAGAUAUAUGACUCGCGUUAAUGCCCGCAGUCCCGAGAUCUUGGCACAAAUUUGCUAUGCCGUGCUCCCAGCAUUCUCCACCUUUCGAAAGCAAAUGUGGCCACGGCUGCUGUUAUUCUUUGAGGAGCUUCUUCGCCUCAUGCUGGACAUACUUGAGAACGAGCGCUGGGUGGAGAAAAGCACCUCCGCGCUUGAGAAGUCAGAACUAGAUGACCAAGAGGAGGAUAAUGACCCUGCGCCUGUUGCCAUCACGGUGCAGGAAGCAGACGACGACACCGAGAAUCCUUUCCUAGUGCAUAACACACUCUCAUGGGCUCCAUGGACGCCUACAGGGAAAGAAAACCCGACUCUUGUCUCGGCUACUUCUCCCUUGCAGUCGUUGUCCGUAUACCACAUCUCGUCCGUGGUGUCCAACGUACUGGCAACGGCCCUCGAGCAUCUGGAGUUUACCUCGCCGGACGAUCAUACAACUGCUCAGAGCUUCUAUUCGCUUUUCGAAACGAUGAUGCAGGCGAAAGUUGACAUCUACUUGGAUCUGCUCAGCGUCGUUGCCUAUCACUCGGAGAAAGCAAGAUUUGGGUCUUUGUCACUGUUGUCUCGCUACUGGCCGAAGUCGCUGGGUCAUACAUUCCCCCUUGACGCUUCGCACAUCACCAUCGAGUACGACGUGCUCAGACAUUCCUUCGUUAGAAGCCAUAAGGGGCUCUUGCUUACUAAAGCCGACCUGGAACAACGUACAUUCGAGGAAAUCUCCGUGCUCCAUGCCGUGCUAUGGCUUGAGAUGCACAUACUCGAUCAUGGCACUGCUCAGAGCUCUGUCGCCGUCUGCCGCCAUGGGACUCGUUUGGAUAAACUAGACGAGUUUGAGCUUCACUAUUGCGUGAGGCUAUACGAGGCCUACCUCGGAACCAGCCGCCUUCAGAUCUCGUCUGCCGUGACCGAUUAUAUGGAAGAGAACGGCGUCAACACGACAGAUUUCUCGAUGUACUUUGACUGGCCGCUCAUUACGUACAUCACCACAGUGAUCAAGACGCCCUUCGAUCGGGCCCAUCUUCCAGGCGGCACUCCCCCUGGAUUGCUUAGCGUCAAUCCUGAUCAACUUAUGGACGAAGUCGAGUCGGACUCCUCAUCGCAACCCGCUGAGAUGACCAAUCUGGCCCAUCUGCGCGAUGCAUUGGGGCAUGUUAUCGGCCUACAGUCGGAAGCUGCCGCUCGACACUUCCUCGAUCAUCUACACAAUCUGGGCCUUAUAACACGAACAGAUGGCAACCCACUACUCUUUGACGAGGACGCGCGGCCGUUCGAAGUGCAAUGCUCCUUUCCUCUUCCUCUUGGCCUGGAUUUAUCGUCCGAAGUCGAGACUCUAUUUGGUGCUGUCGAGGCUUGUCUUUCCGACCUGGACAUCAGCAUGAAUGAGGCUGGCUUUCUGCUGUUGUUGCGCCGGCUGUGGCCUAAUGGGAUGGCUACCGAUUACGCUCUGCGAAGGCUUGCCCGAGCUGUGGUUGCCUGGGUGGUUGCAGAAGAGACCCGCGUAGCCAGGAUCAUCAAGGAAUACGUGUCGAUGACCGCCACCGUACCCGGUAUGCGAUCUGGUCCGGUAUCUCAACAAAUAUGGCCAGCAUGGUCCGAGCUACGUGUCCUGACCACCGGCGCCAGACCCAGCGGUAACGACUAUUCGAAGUACCGCCUGGAGUUACGGAGAAAGUACGCCAUUCCCUGGAUGCUGGCUCUGUACAACAAAGACCCGGCGGUUUACUGCCACACUAUACGAGAGCUCUGCGACGAGCUAGCAGAGGAAAGCAUGGGAGUGCUACCUUCAACGAGUGGACUCUUGUUCAAUCCUCUUGAAGAUGUCCUCUCCGACUGGCUUCACUCACGCCCGGAAGCAGCCCUUGCCGGAGACCAACAACCUAUAGCGUCCCUGUCUCGACUGGUCAAUCGGGAGACCGAAAUUAGUCACAGGCGAAGUAUGACCAUGAUGCUCUCAGGCGAUACGCUCCUGCUUGCCUCAUUCAAUCCUUGGGAGCUCUUGAAGAAAACAGCGCUACAAGAUGCAGAUGGUUUCCUGCGCUCUGUAGCAUGGCUGCAUCUCUUUGCCCGGUCAGGUGUUGAUAUUCCUUCCGGAACUUUCUUGGACAUCGUGGACAUCGGUGGGCAGCACCUUGGCUUGACAAUGACUUACGCAAUGUCCCUCGUGCAAAGUGCACUAUUGUCCGCAUGGAUGAAGUCGCGUGGUCGUCCGGAACUGCAGAAACUCGUUUCCGUCUUACACACGCGCUUCUACGAUGAGAUUUCCGGCGCCCUUCGCGCUGGACCUAUUCCAUCCGAGCUGAUAUCAUUCAUCAAGCAUUCCGUAGCAGUUUGCUUGCUUGUCUAUGGUUGCGAACGCAAUAACGUUAAAACCCGAGGUCUGGUUCGAGAAGAGGAGAUAAAGCAUCUACCUUCUCGUCGAAAUGUGGGGAAUCGGGUUUCAACGAUCGCGGAAGCCAUCGACGUCGAUUCCGAAUUCAUUGAUGCUUUAAAGCGAUAUGCGGAUUUCGGCAUCGACGAGAUAACUUGUAUUGUUGCGCAGUUUCUGGACGUUGUUCUAUGUGAUACCAAGGUUGCCGAAGAGGUACGCGUGGGGGACUUCGUGAGCGUUGAGAGUCCCGUGCUCUGCCAAUGCAUGUGGAAGUUUUAUGCUGUGCAACAUCACGAAAUAUCCGCAAUCCGAAUGCGGCUUCUACUCCGCAUUCUGGUCGCUGAUCCAGCCCCAUUCCAUUUAAUGUUGCAAGAUAUCUACGGAAGCGGGUCUCCUUGGGAACUACGCAUACAAGCUUCGACCCGUCUCUUCAAGAUCAUUAUGGACCUACCGAAUCCCGCAUUUUCUUUGGAAGAUAGGAAGUGGCGUUCGAGCAUCUCAGACAUCUUUUACUAUUUCUUCUCCGCCAUCUGGUCCGAUGAAGCUGAGGAGAUACGCACCGCUGUAGAUUCUUGGUCCCAGUCACUCCUCCCAGCGCAUUUCGAAGCUAUCUCACGUUGCUGGGAUGAGACGAUGGAGGACGCCCCCGUGGAGGAGCGUAUUAGACUUACUUCUUUCCUCAUCCAGCUCAGAUCCCAUUUCCCCCGUUGGCAAGUCCUUUCAUGGGACGUCGUGGCCCGCUGCUUACCUGGUGACAUGGACGGCAUGGAAAAUUCAGAGAAUAACGCGGGAGUUUCCUCUGAUCUGGAAGACAGAGACUCCACGGUGUGCUCCGUUUCUACCGUAGUGUUAGCUCUAGGGAUGGUGGCCAAUCUGGUUCCCGUUGACAUCAAUGUCCUCAAAAGGAUCAAGAAUUGCCUCGCGGCAGUCCUGGGUUUCCGUAAACCUCCCCCCGUAUACGGGGAGCUGCAAGUCAUACCCGCGUCUAGUUAUCCGUGCAUAGGGGAGCUGGUGAAAGUCCUUGACGCCUUUUACCCCUUCGAUGUGACGCCUUCAGAUAUGGGCCGAAGCGGCGUGGACGAAGAAUCACCUUCGAAACUUCUCGCUGGAUCCAUUUUCAUUGACCUCGUCCUCGCUAUAUUUCUGGAGCUCAGAGAUCUCGACAGUCUUCCAUUGACUGUCAUAAAGCAACUUCUGGAAUGCUUGCUAAUCAUCAUAUAUAAGCAUGACUUCGACAGCAAAUCGCUGAUCAAUUUGCGUUCUGUGUUAAACCGCGCUGCGAAACGAGUUCUGGGGCUCGUCGUGUCCGACACCAGCUAUCAAAUCCGUCAACUCGCGCUGACGGUAUGCACCGAAUUCAUCAAACGGUUCCCUCUACCUCGAUACUAUGGUCUCAUAUGCGAUAUGAUAGAAACCGCAGCUCAAGUCAUGACGUCUCUGAGCCUCAGCAACGACGACAUACUGGCGGCUCACGCAAGGUCGUUCCUCGAGAAGGCGCUAAGCAGCUUCGCAUCCUCUGGCCUGUUUUCUAUUUUGUGUGAACGCCCCCUCGAUCAGGCCUUCUUCCAGGUGAUACAUAAUAUAACCGAGUCUCAUUCCAAGUCCGCUGGUGUUUUGGGAGGAUCUUUGAGAGACAUGCUGUUGUUGGAUACCCUUCGUCAAGCCCAAGCUCCGGAGCGGGACGUCCACAGGGUGCAAACCAUCAUGAACAACCUGAACACAUUUGUGGAGGUUGUACACCAUAGCGAUUAUACCGAGGACCACAUGCGAUUUAUUGCCUCGGCCCUGCAUGCCAUAGCUCGUCGUGCAUCUGAAGGGAAUGCUCAGAUGUUCAAUCCCAAUUCGACCAUCAACAUGGCUGCCACUUUGAUCCAGUACAAUAAAGUACACAGCAGAGUCUUGCUUCAAGCAGUUGACACCGUCCUUCGAGCAGUGUCUCUGCGCUGUAACCUGGAUACAGCCAGCUUGAGGCACAUACUCCAAGUCACUGAUACACUUUAUCGAAAGGCGAACCGGACGAAUCCACCGACUGGCCAGAACCAGGUUGCUCAGACUAUCCUUGAGCUGCUCUCGGAUGGUCUCCGCAACAAAGCCCGAGUGAAUUCCUCCUCACUGUCAUCGAUGAUGGAGGCCAUCUCUGACUAUGCAGACAUGCUGCCCACGGCAAUAUCUAGCUUGAGAGCAGAUUGCUUCUUCUAUCUCGCCAGUUAUACAUCGCCCGCCCUUCACUCCCCAGCAGACUUCGACACAUCUACGUCUGUGGCGAAUUGGUUGCUCAAAUCGGCCGAAUACAAUCCAGACGGCCUGACGAGAAUGCUCAGUGAGAAUUCUGCGGAGCGUCACACAUCCCCUCUGAGUCUCCGGGCAUGGAACAUCUUGGUACUCGCGGCGUUGAACUCUGCUUCCGACGAUUCGCCGGCUCUCCUACUCGGUCACUUCACGAACUUCUCUGCUGCAUACCACGUCGCGUUAAGGCCAUUCGUCCAGUUCUCCUCGACAGGAAGUAAACGGGAAUUGACUCCGGCUGACAUAAACCAUGCGUACGCUGGUAUCAGGCUAUGGAUACUCCUGGCUCGCAGAGUCUUCAACAAACGUGGUUUGGUUGGCGCUCUUCCAUCAAUAUUUCAGGGCGUGGGUGAAGACGGGGUGGCAAAAAUGAUAUGGAAUGAAUUAUGGCCGCCGUUCUGCACAGUGAUAGCGAGUUUCGACGAAGAUGCCGAAGAUGGGAUGAUCUCGCCGGCGACGACCUCAGCAUGGUCAACUGUCGCCGAACUCUUCUUGUUCCUGCACCAAAUCCGUUCCGUGCUCGCGUUGGAUUCCUCAGCACAAGCCACUUUGCUGAAUCGAUUACGGUCCCUCGGACGAGGGGAAGUUGCGAACAACAAGCUGGGCCGUGCCCUCAGCAGUAUCUCCGAGCCGCCGCCUGAGAUCACCCUCGACGUCGCAAUCGGCCAGAUUGGGCGAGACGUCGCUGCCGUCGAAAAGCUGCAUGCCGCAGAAUCGCAGCGCAAAGAGCCCGCGAAGCCGCAGGAGCGCAGGAAAGAUGUCAGGAUAGCUAGUUGACCUUCGGGAGCGGGCAAUCCGUAAUGGCAUUGUUCGUAAUAGCAUUGUCUGUGAUUCCCAGGCAAUUACAGGCGUCGGGAAGGCCGCGGAGGGACUUGUUCUUUUGCCACUCGUUGAUCGUG